AUGAGUAACGACGAUCUCAAGGGUCUUGAGCCCAAGGCCAACAAGACUAACUAUGUUGGUUCAGACAGUGAAGAGGGCCGUCUUCAUGUCGCCGCCGAAAACAAGCGCCAGAUCGGUGUUCUGAGCGCCUCUAUGCUCAUCUUCAACCGUGUCAUUGGAACCGGUAUCUUCGCCACACCAGGCUCUAUCCUCGCUCUCCUCGGCAGUCCAGGUCUCGCCCUCAUAAUCUGGGUCGUAGGCUCCAUCAUCGCCGCCGCCGGUACAGCCGUCUACCUCGAAUGGGGAACCGGCAUCCCCAAGAACGGCGGCGAGAAGAACUAUCUCGAGUUCAUCUACCGCAAGCCAAAGUUCCUCGUCACUGGUAUCUACGCUUCAUACAUCAUUCUCAUGGGCUGGGCUUCUGGCAACUCUGUUGUGUUUGGAGAGUAUAUCCUGCAUGCAGCCAACAAGGAGGUCGACCGUUGGAAUCAGCGUGGUAUUGGUCUGGCUUGUAUCACGACUGCGUUCAUCAUCCACGGAACUGCUCUUAAAUGGGGUCUUCGUCUUCAGAAUGCUCUGGGCAUCAUCAAGCUCAUCAUCGUCUUCAUCAUGAUCAUCUGCGGUUUCGUCGCGCUUGGUGGUCAUCUCAAGACUGAUGAGAAGCCCAACAACUUCAGCAACGCCUUUGAGGGUACUACCGGCAGCGCUUAUGGUGUCGUCACUGCUCUGUACAAUGUGAUCUGGAGUUUCGUCGGUUACAGCAACGCCAACUACGCUCUCAGCGAGACACGCAACCCUGUGCGAACCCUCAAGAUCGCUGCUCCUACUGCCAUCAUCUCUGUCUCGAUCAUCUACAUCCUCGUCAACAUUGCCUACUUCGCUGCCGUCUCCAAGGCUGAGAUCAUUGCCUCUGAGCGUCUCGUCGCUGCUUCGCUCUUCCGCAAUGUCAUGGGUCCUGCUGCUGAGCGCGCCAUGUCCGUCUUUGUCGCUCUGUCUGCCUUCGGAAACGUCCUCGCUGUCAUCUUCUCUCAGGGUCGUCUCGUCCAGGAACUCGGUCGUGAGGGUAUUCUGCCCUUCUCCCGUCUCUGGGCUAGCAACCGGCCCUUCAACGCUCCUCUCGCUGGUCUCUUUGAGCACUGGGUCAUUUGCGUUAUUGUCAUCCUUGCUCCUCCUCCUGGAGAUGCCUACAACUUUAUUCUCAACCUCAUCUCUUAUCCUCUUGCGAUCGUCAACACAUUUGUCGCUGGUGGUCUCGUCCAUCUCUACCUCCACGGCGCAAAGUACAACUGGAACCCUCCGAUCAAGGCGACCCUCCCCGUCACCGUCUUCUUCCUUCUCAGCAACAUGUAUCUGGUCAUCGCACCAUUUAUCGCUCCCGACGAUCCCAGCCAGAAUCAGUACAAGAGCAUGCCUUACUACAUCCACUGCGUUGUCGGUAUCGCUAUCUUGGUAGCUGGUGCCAUCUACUGGCUCAUCUGGGCUGUCAUUCUUCCCAAGAUUGGUGGUUAUAAGCUUGUUCUCUCAUAUUCAGGGUCCGACCCGCUCAAGCUCAUCGGUGCCAGUUCUCCCGCCGAAAAUGACGUCUCUCCGGUUCUACUUCUGCCCCCGAUAACCGCACCCUCGGAGCCACAACUACCCCCGAUACUCUUCUUUAAACAUAUCACAAGUCGCAAUCAUGACUACACCAGACAAAACAUCACAGCAAUCAUGUCGAAGCUACUAAGACUACGGGCGAGACCUCUCACGUGGGGAAGUACCUUCACAGCGCGCCAAUUCAGCACAACAAGGCCUGCGCUGGCGGUGUGGGGAGGAUCCAAGCUCUUUAAAGAUGCAGAUGCUGCGGUUGCGGAUAUCAAGAGCGGUUCUACUCUUUUGAGCUCGGGCUUUGGACUCUGUGGUGUUGCGGAUACAUUGAUUGGCGCGUUGAACAGGAGAGGUCGCGAUUCACUCAAUUCGCUUACUGCUGUGUCGAACAAUGCUGGCGUUGAAGGCAAAGGCGGUUUGGCAACGCUCACGAGCGCUGGUCAAGUCGAUCGCCUGAUCCUAUCAUACCUCGGAAACAACAAGGUGUUGGAGAAGAAGUACCUGACGGGCGAAUUGGCUAUUGAGCUAUGUCCACAGGGAACAUUAGCGGAGCGCAUUCGUGCUGCUGGCGCUGGCAUUCCUGCAUUCUUCACACCAACUGCAGCUCAUACUCUUUUGCAGGAUGGAGAGAUCCCCGUGCGAUUGGACAAGUCUGGCGCUGUUGUGGAAAAGGGAAGAAAGCGAGAAACACGCGAGUUCAAUGGUAGAACGUUUCUCAUGGAGACAGCGAUUGAAGGCGAUGUCGCUAUCAUCCGAGCUUGGAAGGCCGACAAGGAAGGAAACUGUGUAUUCCGAUACGCAACGAAAGCAUUCGGACCCAUCAUGGCCAAGGCCGCGAAACUCACAAUCGUCGAAGCCGAAAACAUCGUCGAAGUUGGUGCUAUCGAUCCCAACGAUGUUGACCUCCCCGGAAUCUUUGUCGACCGAAUCGUCCCAUCGACAGCCGAGAAGAAUAUUGAAGUCCUAAAAUUGAGAGAGGAGGGAUCGGAUGGACCACCCAAGGCUACGAAUGAAGCGCAAGAGCGACGAAACCGUAUCGCUAGACGAGCGUCCAAGGAGUUGAAGCCUGGUUACUAUGUUAACUUGGGUGUUGGCAUUCCUACGCUGGCUGUUUCUUUCCUGCCUGCCGAUUCGACGGUGCAUAUCCAGUCUGAGAACGGUAUUCUCGGAAUGGGUGCUUAUCCUACCAAGGAUGAAGUUGAUCCUGAUAUCAUCAACGCCGGUAAAGAAACAGUAACCCUCGUCCCCGGCGCAUCCGUCUUUGACUCCGCCGAGUCAUUCGGCAUGAUCCGCGGCGGUCACGUCGACGUCUCAAUCCUCGGCGCCCUACAAGUCAGUGCAGUAGGCGAUUUGGCCAACUACAUGAUCCCCGGCAAAGUCUUCAAAGGCAUGGGCGGCGCAAUGGAUCUGGUCGCCAACCCGGACAACACCAAGAUCGUCGUCGCCACCGAGCACUGCGCCAAGGACGGCUCGUCGAAGAUCAAGCAGCAGUGCACGUUGCCACUAACGGGUGCACGUGUGGUAAGCACCAUCAUCACGGACCUGUGUGUGUUUGAGGUAGAUCGCGAGCAGGGUACGCUCACGCUUACAGAGCUUGCGCCGGGGGUUGGGGUGGAUGAGGUUAGGAGCAAGACGGAUGCGGACUUUUCGGUGGUGGAUGAUUUGAAGCAGAUGGAGUGA